UACCCUUAUACGUGUCAAUGCAACUGCACGAACACAAAUUAAACUUUAUCAGCUGCUAUACACCACGUGGAUCAUGAAAAAUUAUUGAUUACAAUCGAAUCGCUGGACUAGUUUUGUACCGAGAGGUGAAAGACUAUGAAAAAAAUAGCGGCAAAAAAUAACAGGAUUCCUAUAGCGGCUGUUGGCUUUUUCAACACUUGUAAGCGGUUAUUGAUCAUUGCGUGCAUAGGAGUAGUACCUGGUGUCGGCGUUCCUGUGCUCUCUUUCGAAAAGACCGUUAAAGGCAAACCACAUCAUGCGGAGAACAAAGUACUUCCUGGGUGGAGUAAUUUUGCUUGUGCCUGUCCUACUUAUUGUCAGAUGGUACAGAGUUGCGUUCUAUCUCCAUCAACCUGCUUUCAUGAAGAACAGACCAAGAGCACAUUUAAUUGCCAAACAGCCUGUGUCGAUAUUUCAUCCGGAGAAACCAAUUCUUUUGAGAGACGGCGUCAGAAAACAAAUCUCACCAACGUAUGCGUCUGGGUUACCUCCGUCAUCGAAAUCCGGACAGAUAGAAAUAAGUCGACCGGCUGUUAUAUCAGCCACGAACGAAGAGGUAAAGAAAGAAAGAAGCCAAGGUGAUGCAACGCAUAAACAAUCAGAGAUUUCUUUUUUGUCAAUGGACGCCACUUCCCCGGAGACGGAGCACAGGUCGGGAACGCGGCAGACGGUAGGAAACUGGACGUCUGCUGAUUUGCUAAGAUGGCAGCACAGCUUCAAAACACCAAAAACAACAUGGACGCUCUUCCUUACAAUGGCAAAGCGUGGCAUGACGACAAUAAAGGACAAAGAAAUAGGACUUGAUCUGCUACGGGUGUUCUUGAAAGAAGCGGAUCAAAUUGGCAUUAAUUGUUUUCUGUACGGCGGGACGCUUCUUGGAAGCUGGCGCCAUCACGGUGCCAUCCCGUGGGAUGACGACAUUGACAUUUUCUGUGACUUCAAAAAACGAGAAGAACUGCAAAAAAAACUGGAGAAAUUAAAACCCGAUUAUAUUGCUGCUCCGGCUGGGCCGAGGAUUAAGUUCUACUCAAAACAAUCAUGGCGGAAGACGCAAUAUGGGUGGAGGUGGCCAUAUUUGGAUGUUCAGUUUUUUGCCAAGAAUGACAAACAACUCUGGGACAUAGCGAGUGAAUUCAAAUACAUCAAAUAUCAAGUGUCUGAUGUAUUUCCUUUACAUAAACGUCCCUUUGAAACAUUCUGGAUUAAUACCCCAAGAAAUUCACUCGGUUUUCUAAAAGACGCUUAUACCGGUGGUUCCCUAAAUGACUGUGAAACAGGGUGGUACAAUCAUAAAGAAGAACGAGGUGCGAAACAAAUACACGCGAGUUGUGAAAAGUUUAAGAAUCUUAUACCCUUUGUUCAUCGAAAUAUUGUGGAUGGGAAAGUAGAGGAGACGUUGAUGAUUGGUGAUAAGGUGUUACAAAAAGUUAGAGUAGAAAAAGAAUCGAUUAAGUCAGUUACUGCAGAUCCGUAUGAUUUAAAACAGCGUAAAUAAGGUGUCUUGCCGUUUCGGGAGGGAGUUACACUGCAAAGUAAGCUUAUACCUACCUGACUGGUGUAGAUAUUUCGGGAGGGACUCUUGCCCAUCACUGCGUGGUACACCUGAUUCGGGAGGAAGUGCACAGCUGUUUCGGGAGGAGUUGUCUAUAUUCCUCACAGAGCUAUUGGGAGUUUUAAAAUUUGAUGACACGCAAAUGAAGUAUAUGUCCGAAAGCAGCCUUGUCUUUUAUUCCAAACCAUCAAGUCACAGACAUAACAAUACAAGCCCUGCGGUGCGUGUGGGUGCGAUUCUUGGUGAAAUGAAGGGGACGGUCCGACUGCCAUGGUUUCUUUAGAACGGUGGUAAAUGUUAGGCAAAGGACAUAAAGGACGGAACAAUUGAAAAAAGAGCUAUGAAAGAACUUUCACUAUGUUAUGAGUACCUAUCCCACAAUUUUAACUCUAUCCUAUACAGCAGUUUCCGACUCUCAAUAACAUCACAACCAAUAGGCCAGGCACCUCUCCUUUGAUAACAUUAUCAUCAGUUUGCGGGUCAUCCACAGUUAUCAAAAUUUUCAAAACAGUACAAUACACGUAGCCUACUAUUGUCGGCGGAUCCCUCUCAUCCUGAAAGGGUGCUUUCAGAGAUGAUUUUUUAUCUCCACUCGCAUAGUGUACUUUCUGUUCUGUUUUGACUAUAUU